UCUCCCGGUCCUCUCGGGCCGCUUCCGGUAAACCCGCAGGGCACGAGCCCCCGUCAUUUAGCUGCACGCUGACGUCAGCUCCCCCGAUGCGUUUAAACGGUUCUCCGGUCGGUGGGCGGAUUCGGCUCCUUCCUCAACUCCCGUGAUCCGAGCUAACUUACCUGUGGACCGCGGGGGGCGCGAGCUUCUUCAACAUGGCUUCUUCCGCCACAGGUGACUUCGAGGAGCAGACGGAUGUGAACGCCUGUUAUCUGCGAUCCGCUCGGGCCGGGAACCUCGAGAAGGCUCUGGACUACCUGAAGAAUGGAGUCGACAUCAACAUCUGCAACCAGAACGGUCUGAAUGCUCUCCAUCUGGCCUCCAAGGAGGGCCAUGUGGAGGUGGUGGCGGAGCUCAUCAAGCACGGCGCCAACGUGGACGCUGCAACCAAGCAGAAAGGAAACACGGCCCUGCACAUCGCCUCCCUCGCUGGGCAGACGGACGUGGUGAAGGAGCUCGUCACCCACAGCGCCAACGUCAAUGCACAGUCUCAGAAUGGCUUCACUCCGCUCUACAUGGCGGCGCAGGAGAACCACAUGGACGUGGUGCAGUUCCUGCUGGACCGCGGCUCCAGUCAGAGCAUCGCCACGGAGGACGGCUUCACUCCGCUGGCGGUGGCGUUGCAGCAGGGCCACGACCAGGUGGUUUCCCUGCUGCUGGAAAACGACACCAAGGGGAAGGUCCGCCUCCCGGCGCUGCACAUCGCCGCGCGGAAGGACGACACCAAGGCGGCCGCGCUCCUCCUCCAGAGCGACCACAACGCCGACGUGGAGUCCAAGAGCGGGUUCACUCCUCUCCAUAUCGCGGCUCACUACGGCAACAUCAACGUAGCAACGCUCCUCAUGAACAGAGGGGCGGCUGUGGACUUCAAGGCGAGGAACGACAUCACGCCGCUGCACGUAGCAUCCAAGCGUGGGAACGGCAACAUGGUGCGACUGCUGCUGGAGAGAGGCGCCAAGAUAGAUGCCCGCACCAAAGACGGUCUGACGCCUCUCCACUGUGGAGCCAGGAGCGGUCACGAGCAGGUGGUGGAGAUGCUGCUGGACCGAGGAGCUCCGAUACUGUCCAAGACGAAGAACGGCUUGUCUCCGCUCCACAUGGCGACGCAGGGCGACCACCUCAACUGCGUCCAGCUGCUGCUGCACCACGAGGUGCCCGUGGACGACGUGACCAACGACUACCUGACGGCGCUGCACGUGGCCGCCCACUGCGGCCACUACAAGGUGGCGAAGGUCAUCGUGGACAAGAAGGCCAACCCCAACGCCAAGGCACUGAAUGGUUUCACCCCCCUGCACAUCGCCUGUAAGAAGAACAGAGUCAAGGUGAUGGAGCUUCUUCUCAAGCAUGGAGCGUCGAUACAGGCGGUCACUGAGUCCGGUCUGACGCCGAUCCACGUCGCGGCGUUCAUGGGACACGACAACAUCGUGCACCAGCUGAUCAACCACGGCGCUUCGCCCAACACGAGCAACGUGAGGGGGGAGACGGCGCUCCACAUGGCAGCGAGGGCCGGACAGUCCAAUGUGGUGCGAUAUCUGAUCCAGAAUGGAGCCCGAGUGGACGCCAAAGCCAAGGACGACCAGACCCCGCUGCACAUCUCGAGCCGUCUCGGUAAGCAAGACAUCGUCACCCAGCUGCUGUCGAACGGGGCGUUCCCGGACGCCACGACCAACUCCGGGUACACGCCUCUCCACCUGGCGGCCAGGGAGGGGCACCGAGACGUGGCCUCCACGCUGAUGGAACAGGGCGCCAGUCUGGGCAUCAUCACCAAGAAGGGAUUCACUCCUCUGCACGUGGCUGCAAAGUACGGGAAGAUCGAGGUCGCCAACCUGCUGCUGCAGAAGAGCGCUCCGUCGGACGCCGCCGGGAAGAGUGGACUAACUCCACUGCAUGUGGCAGCACACUAUGAUAACCAGAAGGUGGCGCUGCUCCUGCUCAACCAGGGAGCUUCACCGCAUGCAGCCGCAAAGAACGGCUACACGCCGCUCCACAUUGCGGCUAAGAAGAACCAGAUGGAGAUCACCACCACCUUGCUGGAGUACGGCGCCUCCACCAACACCGUGACCCGCCAGGGCAUCACUCCCCUGCACCUGGCGGCGCAGGAAGGCAACGUGGACAUCGUGACGCUGCUGCUGGCUCGAGACGCCCCGAUAAACAUGAGCAACAAGUCCGGUCUGACUCCGCUCCACCUGGCCGCCCAGGAGGAUAAAGUCAACGUCGCCGAGGUCUUAGUCAACCAGGGAGCGACCGUAGACCCCGAGACCAAGCUGGGAUACAGUCCCCUCCAUGUGGCCUGUCACUAUGGCAACGUGAAGAUGGUCAACUUCCUGCUGAAGAAUCAGGCGAAGGUCAACGCUAAGACCAAGAACGGUUACACACCUCUCCAUCAGGCUGCACAACAAGGACACACACACAUCAUCAACUUGCUGCUACAUCAUGGAGCAUCGCCCAAUGAACUCACAGCUAAUGGGAACAGCGCCCUGUCCAUCGCCAGGAGGCUCGGCUACAUCUCCGUAGUGGACACACUCAAAGUGGUCACGGAGGAAACUCUGACCACGCAGACCGUGAUCGAGAAGCACAAGAUGAACGUUCCAGAGACCAUGAACGAGGUGUUGGACAUGUCCGAUGACGAAGUCUUUAAAGCCAAUGUGCCCGAAAUGAUCACAGAGGACUAUAUAUCUGAUGUGGAAGAAGUGAUGGGUGCUGGAAAUGUCUGCAUCAGCUACUCCUGUGACGAUGCGAUGACGGGGGACACGGACAAGUACCUGGCCCCCCAGGACCUGCGGGAGCUGGGGGACGACUCGCUCCCUCAGGAGGGCUACAUGGGCUUCAGCGUCGGGGCGCGGUCACAGAGCCUGCGUUCCUUCAGUUCUGAUAGGUCCAACACGCUGAACCGGAGCUCGUUCACGCGCGACAGCAUGAUGAUCGAGGAGAUGCUGGCACCCAAUAAGGAGAUGCAUUUGGCGGUGGCGAAGGACUUUGACAACGACUCGCUGAGGAGAUACAGCUGGACCGCAGACGCACUGGAUAACGUCAACCUGGUCUCCUCUCCGGUACACUCGGGGUUCCUGGUCAGCUUCAUGGUCGACGCCAGGGGCGGCUCCAUGAGAGGGAGUCGUCACAACGGCAUGCGCAUCAUCAUCCCGCCCAGGAAGUGCACGGCGCCCACCAGGAUCACCUGUCGACUGGUGAAGAGGCACAAACUGGCCUCGCCUCCCCCGAUGGUGGAAGGUGAAGGCCUGGCCAGCCGGCUGGUCGAGGUCGGCCCGGCGGGAGCUCAGUUCCUCGGGCCUGUGAUAGUGGAGAUCCCUCAUUUCGGCUCGAUGCGUGGCCAGGAGAGAGAGCUGAUCCUGCUGCGCAGCGAGAACGGAGAAAGCUGGAAGGAGCAUAUGUACGACUACAAGGCCGACAACCUCAACACGCUCCUCAGUGGGAUGGAUGAAGAACUGGACAGUCCUGCAGAGCUGGAGAGGAAGAGAAUCUGCCGCAUCAUCACCAGGGACUUCCCACAGUACUUUGCGGUCGUGUCUCGAAUCCGGCAGGAGACCAAUCAGAUGGGACCGGAGGGCGGGACUCUGUGCAGCCGGAGCAUCCCAUUGGUUCAGGCGUCCUUCCCCGAGGGGGCGUUAACCAAGAAGAUCAAGGUUGGACUGCAGGCCCAGCCGGUACCGGACGACAAUGUGAAGAAAGUCCUGGGGAACCGAGCGACCUUCAGCCCCAUCGUUACCGUGGAGCCCCGGAGGAGGAAGUUCCACAAGCCCAUCACCAUGACGAUCCCAAUCCCGCCUCUAUCAGGGGAGGGGCUCAUCAACGGCUACAAGGGAGACUGUACUCCGUGUCUCCGCCUUCUCUGUAGCAUCACAGGGGGCACGUCACCGGCACAGUGGGAAGACAUCACCGGCACAACUCCUCUCACCUUCGUCAACGACUGCGUCUCCUUCACCACUAACGUCUCUGCCAGGUUCUGGUUGGCGGACUGCCACCAGAUCCCAGAGACGGUGGGUCUGGCCAUGCAGCUGUACAGGGACCUCAUCUGCGUCCCCUACAUGGCCAAGUUUGUGGUGUUCGCGAAGACCAACGACCCGGUGGAGUCCAGACUGAGGUGCUUCUGCAUGACGGACGACAAGGUGGAUAAGACCCUGGAGCAGCAGGAGAACUUUGAGGAGGUGGCCAGGAGCAAAGACAUAGAGGUUCUGGAGGGCAGGCCCAUCUACGUGGACUGCUACGGAAACUUGUCUCCUCUGACUAAAGGUGGUCAGCAGUUGGUUCUCAACUUCUUCGCCUUCAAGGAGAACCGUCUUCCCUUCUGUGUCAAGGUGAGAGAUCCGGGCCAGGAGCCCUGCGGCCGCCUGACGUUCCUGAAGGAGUGUAAGACCAUGAAGGGCCUUCCGCAAACCGCCGUGUGCAACCUGAACAUCACACUUCCUGCAGUGAAAAAGGAAAUGGAGUCAGAUGCCGAGGAUGAGACUGAAAAGCCAGAGCGACGUCAUACCUUUGCAUCCCUAGCCUUACGUAAGCGCUACAGCUAUCUGGCCGAGCCUGCACUGAGCCCUCAGAGUCCCUGUGAGAGAACAGACCUCCGUAUGGCCAUAGUAGCCGACCACCUCGGACUCAGCUGGACUGAGCUGGCCAGGGAGCUCGAGUUCUCCGUGGAUGAGAUCAACUUUGUCAGAGUGGAGAACCCCAAUUCCCUGACAGCACAGAGCUUCAUGCUCCUAAAGAAAUGGGUGCACAGGGACGGUAAAAAUGCCACAACGGAUGCUUUAACGGCGGUGCUGACUAAGAUCAAUCGGUUGGAUAUUGUGACUUUGCUGGAAGGGCCCAUAUUUGACUACGGUAACAUUUCAGGCACACGCUGCUUUGCCGAUGAUAACGCAGUAUUCCCGGAUCAGUCCGAUGGAUACGACAAUAUAGAUCUGGAGCUGCGAACCCCCACAGAGCUGAACUACCAGCCCCCCACCCCGCUUCGCUCAGACGACUUCUUUAGCGAGGGCGAUGCUAGCGCAGACUCCCCUAGCAAGGUCCCGCUCACUAGACCUAGCGACCUCUCCCUCACUCAGACCACCAGUACCUCCAGCAGCGACCCCCCCACGGUCGCCGCCUUCAGCGCCCCGCAGCCCCCCAUGGCCGGGGCCGAAGACACGACCCUGACCGCUGGAGAAAGAGGGACGUCUCAGGAGGAAAAGACAGGGCUGGUUUAUUAUGAGAGGCCGGAUAACGACAGACGGGCGGUAGAGCAGUUAGGAAAGGGAACAGACGGGCACGCUGAGGCCUUAGAGAAGGAACCGAAGGCAGGGCAAGGCGUUGGUUUGGAGCGUCAGGGAGAAGAUGCUGCCUCGGACACCGGGCACGGAAAUGGAAAGCGGCAAGAAGAAGAAGAAGAAGAGGAGGAGGAGGAGGAGGAGGAGAUGACUCCGGAGAGGCUGCAGAGGCUGCUGGACGAUAUAAAGCAGGAGGGAGGCUUGGAGGACGAGGAGAUGACAGAGGAGCGGGUGAAUGCGAUCCUCGAACAACUGCAUCAAGCAGAAAAAGACGUGUGUUCAGUUCCAGGCUGGAGAUGCGAGACGUCCGGCGCGAUCGUAGAGUCGGGCGCCACCGGCCACGGCCCCGGCACCGAGGAGGGCAGCCCCGACAGCCUGGCUGACUCGUUGGAGCCACCUCACGCCGACAGACACAACGGAGGUCACGUCCACGCGGCGAGCGAAGAAAAGGAAAAGGAGGCCGCGAGGACGGGAUCGCAGGAGGACGGCAGCACAGCGGGACUGAGCAGAGGCCGCCAGGAGGCCGGAGAGCGGUCCCAGCACAAAGUCCAGGGACAGGAGGCCAAAAACAUUCCCGGAGAGUCUGUGACAGAGGAGCAGUUCACAGAUGAAGACGGGAAUCUGGUCACCAGAAAAGUGAUCAGAAAGGUGGUCCGCCGUGUGUUCAACACGGAGGAAAAGAGGGAAAGUGAAGGCGAAACUGUUGCAGAAGGAGCUGCUGGUGCUACUGGUGCUUCUGGUGGUUCUGGGGGUGGAGCUACUGAUUCUGCUGGUGCUGGUGGUGGUUUUGGUGGUGCUUCUGCAGCAGGAACCCCGGGGGGGAAGGGCAAGAAGAGGGGCAAGCGCUCCCGACAGGGCAACAAGGCGGAGAAGUCCGGCGAGCAAACUGAGCCGGGAGCCAACGGCAACAGGAAGCAAGGGAAGAAGAGCCAGUCCUAACGGAGGAGCUCUCCACUCAACCAGGUCCACUGACGCCCGCCAACACACUCAAAACGCACCCCGGGGAGGAAAAAAGAAAGACUGGAAGGCCUUCGUCAAUCUCAUAAAAAAAAAAAAAACACAAAAAACCCAGAAGAACCUCGUCUGGAGCUUCCUCUGUACACAACGCAUGGUUUUCAGCAUGAGCAUGUCACCAAAAGUCACGUUGGAGAGCAACGACCGACUGAAACGGGGCGUGGAGGACGUGAGCCGGAGCGUUCUCUAAAAAAAAUUAAAUUCAAAGAACGGCACAAACGAGGAAAAACUGAACGAGGAAAAACUGAACGAGGAAAGACGUGCGGUUCACUUUUUCUUUUUUUCUUGCACCAUGCGGUUCUUUUAUUUUUUAAAUGAAAUAGAUUGAAUGGGUGAUUUUUUUUUUGGGGGGGUUGUAUAUAAAUGACACUGUAUAAAUUCUUUAAAACAAAUCACACACACACACACACAACAAAUAAUAAUAAUAAUAAUAAUAAUCAGUAGCUUCACAGAUUUGUUUUAUGCGCUUUGCAGAUCGGCCUUGAGGUGCGCCGGAACAACAAAACAACAACAAAAACAAGCUGAAUGGGAAACGAAUGGAAGAACAACAACAACAUAAUAAUAACCGCUUGAUUUUAAACAAAAGGACGUUUCUUUUAACGCCGACCGCUUCUUCCGCUCUCGUCCGUGGGAACUUUUUGUCUUCAGAGAGAGAUAAUAUUUUGCUGCAUGUCACUUUAUUUUUUUAAACGUUUUUUUUUUUUCCUCCUCACGAUUCAAAAAGAAAAAAAAAGCACUAAUACAAUUUAUAGGAGAGAGAGAUGGUACUUGUGUCCUUGUGGAGCACUCAUAAUAACUCACACUUCUGUCAUCUAUCUCUGUUUUUAAGUUUGUUUUUGUUAAGAAAAAUGGAGGAAAAAAACACACACAGGAAGUUUAACUGCUAUCAGCCUCGUGUGUGUGUGUGUGUGUGUCAUCAAAUGCAAACAUCUAUCUGUAAGCCCUUAAUGCAAACUAGGAAGUUUAAGCUUUAAGAUCUGCUGUGAUUCUUAAAAUAAAAAGGGGCAACCGAUACUUUUAUUUUGACGGUUUUGAUGACUUAUCUUUAUUAACAGGUUCUAAUUACAUGAGAACAGGGAAUCUCUUCUUUUUUUUUUGCCCCAUUAUCCAAAUAUUGUUCUUUUUAUUGACUGUUGAAAAAAAAAUAAAAAUCACAGUAUUGUUAUGCACAUUGUUAAAACAUAA